AUGACAUUGCUGCAAUUCUCCGCACUGCGCAAUCGGCGAGUACGCGAACCGCAGGCAGUCGGCAACGAAACCUCGCAAGCCACCGCGGGCUUAUCGACUCCUAAGAAGCCGCCCUUUCGUCUCAUCAAGUUGAAUCCAGUCGCCAGCAUCGAGCCUGUGCAACCAAUAGACACUGCUAUCCCUCUUCCGCCGAAAUACCGAUCGCGUGGUUUGAAUACACCCAGGGUCCAGGAUGUGACCGAUCCUGCGAUUCGGGCCUUGCUCUUUGGUCCUCUCGCUCAGAUCGAUCAUCAUCAGCAUUAUGGCACAGGAUACGACGAGAGGCCAGAUUUGAUCCAACACGACUCUGCGACCUCUGCGCAUCACGAGUCUACGCGCUUCGGAAACAACGAUUCCGUAGGCAGCGUACAUCCGAGCUCUACAAGUUCCACAAAGGAUGAUAGUGGGAGUGGAAAAACUGAGAGUGUUCCGCCUAGGAGCCACAGCUCUUCUGAGUGUGUGGGCACUGACGGCAGCGGCUUCAAUGAGGGAGCUAGUGCUGGCUCUAGUGACACAAGCGGCAGUGGUGGAGUUGGGCAUACCUCAGAUGCAGUGUACGAUCAGAUGAUGUAUCAAGGCCCUUGGGAUCCAAGCUUGGGUCCGCCACCUGGGUUCGCUCCGCAUGCGUACCUUCCAGGUGAACAGCUGCCCGCCGCAGACGACCUGACGGAGGCCGUCGAGACGGGCAGGCGCUGCGACUACCGAGACAUAUACCGCGUCCCAACCGCUGAGGAUCCGAACAGAUACCACUGGGUGGAUGAGAAGCCGCCGGUAUACGGUGCUACAGGAGACAAACUUCGGACGAAGAAAGCACGGGAAGCUUUCGCGGUAAACGUCUACCAUCGUUUUGAUGAGGUCCUGGAUGAAUGGAAAAUCCAUGAACUACGAAUCAACAGCACGCUUCUUCACGCUGCACUAGAAAAGAUACUCGAAGGUUACCCAGGCUUGACACAGCAUGAAAUGAAGUCGUUUGCACCGCCAUUUCUUCCGUUCAUUCAUCGAUGGGAAGCGAUGCUUAGCUUCAAGGAUAAUGUCGAACCAGAGUCGGAGACCGAGCAACAUCUAGAGCUACUGCAGGACGUCCUCGAGCCCCUCCUCAAAGAGUCUUUCGAUAAGAUCCGCGAUGUAAAGACAACCGGGCAUGUUGCGUUCCAGGACCUGAACUUGGUUCUUAUUCCCGCCAUGAUGGUUCUGGAUCACAAGACAGACUCGGUUGGGAUUGUUCGAUAUUGUAACCUUACGUGCAUGCCUCCCCCAACGCCAAAGAUGUUCUGGUCGAUAGGCGUCGAUGUGGUUGACUGGGAUGGAAGGCGAUGCGGUCUUCUUGCUCAACCGAAACACGUGUUCCAGUAUCAGGGCUUACGAGCAUUGACUGCGUUGGAUGUAUCACCUCUCGAAGAUCUUCCUGAUCAAAAGAUUAUCCGCGAAAGACUCAUCAAACGAGGCCGCCGGUUCGAAGCACUACGCGGCCAUUUCUUCAAAGCCUUUACCGACCAACACGAAGAACGUGUAGACGAACGGAUGGUUAUUGACGCACGAGCAUACCACAAAUACCAGCCCGCGAUCCCGUUUCCAGAAUACGCUAAACUGUCUGAGAUAGGCCAGCUAACGUGGGCUCAAUCCAUGGAGCGUUACUCCGCCAGUGUACCAAACACCCCGGGAUCGCCAAUCGAACUCGAUCUUUCACCAAUGACCAAUGACGAAUGCCUUCUCGCUGUGCACUAUGUCAAGUGUUUUGACAUUGAGAAGAAGAAGUGGGAGAGACUAGAUGUGACUAAGAUCCACGAAAUACCUUGGGCUGAGCAUGCUUUCGACAGCUUAGUCCUCGAUCAGGACGAGAAGGAUCUGGUCUUGGCUCUGGUAGACCGCGAUCAGUUCAAGCAAGGGAAGCCCUUCGAUGACUUCGUCGUCGGCAAAGGCCAAGGCAUGAUUAUGCUGCUUUGUGGCCCUCCAGGCGUGGGUAAAACACUCACCGCAGAGACCGUCUCUGAGCACCUACGUCGCCCCCUCUAUAAGCUCGGGGCUGGUGAUCUGGGAAUGACGGCGCGUGCCGUUGAGGAUAGUUUGGAGAACGCGCUGAAUCUGUGUGGACAUUUCGGUGCUGUCCUGCUUCUCGACGAAGCUGAUGUGUUCAUGGAGGCGCGCACUGUGAACAAUCUUCAACGCAACGAGCUCGUUUCAGUCUUCCUUCGCCUACUCGAAUACUACAAAGGCAUCAUGAUUCUGACCACGAAUCGGAUGCGCAGUAUCGACACGGCUUUCGAAUCUCGGAUCGAUAUCACGCUGAGCUACAGCUCGCUCGGAGAAAGUGAUCGCCUUCAAAUCUGGCGCAACUUCCUGGCUACUAUCGAUGCGCAGGAUGUGGAUGUCGGAGAAGCUGAACUGGAGAAACUGGCAAAGCUCAACUUCAAUGGCCGUCAGAUCAAGAGCGCGAUCAAGACUGCAAAGAUCUUGGCGGCCAGGAAAAAGGAAAGACUGAGUGCAGAGCAUCUCAUGGUCGUGCUGAACUUGAGGCAGAAAGCACUCGGUAUGAUGGAUAGUGGGGCAGAUGAUGAUGAAGCCGGGAGGAGGGCAGACCAAGACGAAACUAGGAGUAUGUGGUCGACAGCCACCGACACCGACACUUCGCUUCCUAUCUAG